AUGACUGCCGUCGCACCCCAGACUCGCCAACCGAGGCGUCCUGCUACGGCACCGGGGUCCAUGAAUUCAGGCUUUGCACCGUCUCUCUCAGCGUCAUCGUCGACUCUUGGAUCGCGUCCUCUGCGCUCUUCGCCUCUGGCAGGCCCUGCCUUAUCCAGGGCCCCCUCCAGGCGUUCUCUCGACGGGACCACCCGCGGCGGCGACGGUGCCAUCGAUCAUUCACGGACACCCGGUUCCUCUACCUUGUCAUUCGUGGGCACGUCUUCUCCCGAUGCCAGCUCUUCUUCCUUCUCACUCGUGUCCACUUCGAAACGUGGCAAAGAUGGUCCAAAGGAUAGAAAUUCAUCCGCUAUGUCCGCGUUCAACUUCUUCCGCCGCCCAUCUUCCACAGCCGGUCACUCGUCCACAGGGCAUUCUACUGCCUCACACUCCAGUUCAAGUGCCACCACUCACUCGUCUACCUUCACUCAUUCUACGUCCAGUACUCAGCUCACUCAGUUUUCUACUUCCCCCACCGAUCCUGCAUUUCCCCCUCCAGCUCUCACACACUCUCGCACAGAAUCUCUCCGUUCUCGUCCAGAUUCCAGGCCAGUGUCGUUCGUCGACGGUGGGGAUCCAACGAGCGCUACACCAAAGCCCACUUCGGUUGCCGGGAUGUCGUCACAUGUUAAAAGACCAUUCCCCGUGGUGAGGUCUCACAGCUCUACUCCCACUGCUUCUCCAAGCACGUACCGAAAGUCAACCCUGAACCCGAAUGCACAUCAUAGAUCAAGAACGAGCACAAACGCGGAUAAUUGGAAUCCCCUGUGGGCUUCGGUCACCUCGACCGUCCCCACCAAUGUUCCGAAGGCACCGGUACCAUCUAAACCGGAUGGAGCGACAAACACAACCGAUAAGAACCCUUUUGGUCCGGCAGAAAUACCUCGUUUUUCCCGUGCGUCACUCAAGCAGUCGGGCGUCGUCAUGCCUAUCAGUGCAAAGGACUGGCGGAGAAGGCGCAGUGUUGCUCUACCAAGCCCCUCUGACUCGUUAAACGGCUUGAACGCUCGCAGUGUAGACAAGAGGAAAGGAAAGGAAAGAGAGCAAAGGGUUAGCUUUGUGGAUAGCAGUGCACGGGAGUCCAAGUUUUCUCAGGUCCCAACUCUGCAAAUCGUUCCGCCGGAUGCUCAUGUCGAGGUAAAGGUACAUCCUCCUUCCCCAACAUCGGAUGUCCUUCCAAGCGAGCCGAUUGCGACUUCCUCCACGAUGGCAGUGAAGCCAGAGAUAGCUGCCACCCCAGGUAUUGAGCAGCAGACAGACCCCGCCACAUCUGCUACGCCGACCCACGAGUUCCAACCACUCUCUCCGAAGUCGUCCACAAAUACCUUCUUCUCGUGCACAUCUGAUGCGUCCAGCCAGACCCCUCCUUCCCCCGCUUCUCUACCUAUCCCUCCCCCUUCGCCAACUACAUCAUCCUCUCUGUUCCCAUCUUCUGAUACAUCGUCAGAAGAGAAGGAGAAGUCCUACCUUCCGGUUCGACCACGUCCGAGGGUCCGUCGUCAAUCUAAUCCGCAAAGCAUGUCUGCGGGUAGUAGGCUCAGUUUUGUUGAUGUCAUGAUGAGGUUGUCUGUUGGCUCUUUUGGAUCGUUUGCCACAGCUCAGUCCGGGGGAUCGGAGGGUGAGAAUACGUCCGAGAUUGAGGGAGAUGAAGUAAGGGAUACAGGUGGUGGGGAGAGAGCUGUGCUGGCACCAACGAGGAGUCUGGAUGAUCUUACGUCGUCACCUUUACUCUCUCCGCCGCCGUUGCCUUCAACACCUGUCCAAAUGCGUGAACACAUGAUCGUGGACGUGGCACACGCAAUCUCGCUACCGCCGCCAGCGCGCCUCCUGGAUCACCCCCCACGACGUGUCACUGCCGAGUGGGUGGGCGGUGCUCCGAGAGGUGUCACCGUUGUACCAAACCACACAGUACCUUCCCACGCUGGCGCGAAUAGUGACGAUCGGACGUCUGCGGUGAGUGUGCGCACGACUGGGGCGGAUGAGAGCAGAGUAGCGUGGGUUCCAAACGAAGGUGUGGUCACGGAGGCGAUGGGCGAGAAUGUGAAGGUAGAUGCCCAGGAUCAAGGGAACGACAGAGAGGAAAGUAUACCCCACGUGCCUGCCCAGGCAAGCCAGACGACGAAGCAACAUCCACAGAGAAAGAGGAAGCUCACCAAGUCCAGGCCCGCUUCCAUAGUUUCAUCUGUCUAUCGUCCAGAUUCUUCAAGCACGGCAGCUACCUCGACUACAAAUGUAGAGCCCGGGUCUGGAUCUGUGCCCGCGCCUUCCGCCAUGACAGCCCCAGCAGGGCCAACGCAUGCCCCUCUCAAGCACGCUCCGACUGUCCUCUCGACUAUCGUCGAAGACGGGUCGUCCCAUGGCCACGGUGGAUCGUCAAACGGACAUGUGCAAGAACAGGAGCACGUUGACACCAAUGGCCUACCGAUUGGUAAGGAUAAGAAUGACAACACGGCUAGACAUACCGUUCGUGACUCUUCGCCGGCAGUAGACUCGAUUCCUGCCAAAGCUGCACCCAGUCAGGUGGGUCUAAUACCCCACAAAGGAAGAGCGCCAGAUGUUAAAGAAAUUGCUGUGGUCACCGAAAUGGAUGUAAACGCUCCUGGCAAAGCCAGUUCAACCCCCUCCAACGUCAACACUCGUCCUCGCUCGAAACGGUACAGCUUCCUCCUACCUGUUCUUUCGUUUGGGAAAUCGAGGUCCAAGCGCGAGGUGAGAGAUCGGGAUGGAUCUGCAUCUUCUGCCAAUGUCACACCUGGGACUUAUCAGGCUGGUGUAGGUCCUGGUGACGUCAUAGGCGUGCCCAGGAAAGUGGGGAAAAUGAGGAAGAAGUGGGGUUCAGACGCUCCUGCCCUCUCUGCGGUUCCCAAAGUUGCGAAUGCCACUAUUAUGCAGUCUGCCCCCGACACAAAUAACGAGCUAGAUACCCAUUCAGACACUCACCCAAACGCGGACACGAACAUAACCACCCUGCCUCAAGGCAGCGAGAUCACACUCGUUGCAUCUCCUUCACUGUGCGCUUCCCCUUCACCUGCUCUCCCUUUCACGACAGUCAACCCUCUUUCGUUGUUCGGAUCGGUUCCCGGAUCGGCGGCGAGUAGUAUACGGAUUCCUUCGACCGUUCAAAGUGUAAAUCCCAUCCCUUUUGUAACUAAAGACGCCUUUGCGACGUCUACCGCGAAAGUGGUGUUGUGUGUAGACGAGCCACCAAGCACAACCGCCAACGACGACCUCUGCCUUGCCCACAGGCUUAGCCACGGACACCUUUCCAAGGAAGCCGUGCUGACGAUCGUUAAUGCUACCGCAACCGAUGCAGAGGCAAACGGAGUAGUCAAUGGCGGUCACCAUCCGCGCCCGACUUCGGGAUUACUAGCACCUCCUAGACCGGGAACAUCUAGCUCCACGCUGACGACUUCAAGCGACGACGCAUCCUUCUUGACCGUGCCGCUGCCUAAUCCGUGGGAUGGAGACGCCGUUCCGAGCCCGGUCAGACUUGUCACUCCCAUGCCACAGCUGCAAGCGUACCACUCGUGUCCGCUGUGUGGGCGUUCUAGCCCACCAAAGGUGAUAUCGCAACUGCCAGUUCAAAGGCAUGUUGAGCUGGUGCCGACUGAUGUCGCCGUUGCAUCCUCGCCCACUUUUGCAUCGCAAUUUUCGGCUCCGGAGGUGCGGACACCGGGACACCUUCAGAAGGGCACCGUACCCCGAACCCUCGUAUCUCCCCCUUCCCAUUUCCAACCACCACCCUCACUUUCACCUUGUCCAUCGCCCGCGUCGGUUCAUACCCCGAGAAAACUCAAGCGACCGCAAACGUUACCAGACGACAUUCACGGGCGUGGAAGCCCGAAGAGGGUAGGAAGAGGAAAGGGUGAUGGGAACCUAGAUGCGUCUGCGUCUGCGAUGUACCUUCCUGUCCUACCCAAGGUUGAGAGAGAGUCGAAAGUGAGGAGCGCAUUGAGAGGAUUGUUUGGGAUGGCGUGA